UGCUGGCUCUCUGUUGCACUAUGCAGCUUUACUGCCUGACAUUCCUGGGAACUCACCUCCCUCUGUACAACAUUAAAGCAGAAUUAAGAGCCAGUCUUCUGGAUUCCCACAUUUAAAGCUUUUUGGGAUUUUUUGCUGUGUAGUGUAAGAGGGUGAAAAAAAAAAGAGAAGAAGUAAAGUCUGCUUCCUAAAGACCAACAUGCAUCUUGUCUUUGGGGUAGUGGGAUUUAUCAUAUUACUGCAGGAUUUCUUGAAUUUAGCAUCUGCAGACACAAGACCUCACAAACUACACCCAAGACAAGCAAAAUUGUUGGAUAAACUUGGGGAAUAUGAAAUAGUUACUCCAACUCGGGUGAAUGAAUUUGGUGAAGCUUUUCCUUCUAAUAUGCACUUCAAAAGGAAAAAGAGAAGUGUUAAUUCAGUCCCUGGCACUGACCCCUGGGCCCCUUCUAGGACACACUACAAGCUUACAGCUUUUGGCCAGCAAUUUCUUUUCAAUCUCACAACCAAUUCUGGAUUUAUUGCACCAGUUUUUACAGUGGCACUUUUUGGGGAACCCUCUGUCAAUGAAACACAAUUUUAUAAUGAAGACACUAGCAUGGAUCAUUGCUUUUACAGUGGAUAUGUGAACACUAGAACUGAUCAUACUGCUGUUCUCAGUCUUUGUGCAGGAAUGCUAGGCACAUUUAAGUCUCAGGACGGGGACUAUUUUGUAGAACCACUACUUUCAGAUGACGGGAAUAACUUUGAAGAAGAUCACAACAAGCCACAUGUGGUCUACAGACACAACGCACCUCAGAAAAACUUAUCAAGGGAAAAACAUAUAUGUGACACUAAAGGGCAUAAACAUAGCCACGUCAAACAUAAGAAGAGUGGAAAUCAACAGGAAAAAAAUACUAUGUUUUCACAUGUAGAAACUUUAAGAAAGAGACUAUUACAAAACCAGUAUUCCUCAUAUAAUAACAAUACUGAUAAUAUAAAUAAAACCAAAGCACCAAAAAGAACAAAGCGCUUUUUAUCCUAUCCUCGAUAUGUUGAAGUGAUGGUAGUUGCAGAUAACAGGAUGCUGGAGUAUCAUGGUGCAAAUCUACAGCAUUACGUUUUAACACUUAUGUCCAUUGUUGCUUCUAUUUAUAAGGAUCCUAGUAUUGGAAAUUUAAUCAACAUUGCAAUUGUAAAGCUGGCUGUGAUACACAAUGAACAGGAGGGCCCAUCCAUCUCAUUCAAUGCUCAGACCACGUUAAAAAACUUCUGUAUAUGGCAGCAAGUACAGAACCACCCAGACGAUAGUCACCACUCCCAUCAUGAUACUGCAGUAUUAAUCACCAGACAGGAUAUUUGUAGAGCCCACGAGAAAUGUGAUACUUUAGGGUUAGCAGAAGUUGGUACAGUAUGCGAUCCAUACCGGAGUUGUUCUAUAAGUGAGGACAACGGAUUAAGCACUGCAUUUACAAUAGCACAUGAACUUGGACAUGUAUUCAACAUGCCCCAUGAUGAUAGCGAAAAGUGCAUAGAAGGAGGUGGUAAAAACCAACAACACGUCAUGGCUCGAACCCUAAACUUUAAUACAAACCCCUGGAUGUGGUCUAAAUGCAGCCAGAAAUACAUUACACAAUUUUUAGACACUGGAUAUGGUGAAUGUUUACUUGAUGAGCCAGUCUCGAGAACUUACAAUUUGCUUCAGCAGCUUCCUGGUGUUCUGUACAAUGUUAAUAAGCAAUGUGAGUUAAUUUUUGGUCCAGAAUCCAAGGAAUGCCCUUAUAUGAAAAUGCAGUGCAGGCGACUUUGGUGUAUAAAUAAGGAAGGUCCACACAAGGGCUGCCGCACUCAACAUACGCCAUGGGCUGACGGCACUGAAUGUGAACCAGGAAAGCACUGCAAGUAUGGAGUUUGUAUUCCCAAAGAACGUGAUUUGCGCGUAGUUGAUGGAUCUUGGGGAUCGUGGAGCCCAUUUGGUGCCUGUUCAAGAUCCUGUGGUGGUGGCAUAAAAACUGGAAUCCGAGAGUGCAACAAGCCAGAACCUAAAAAUGGCGGUAAAUAUUGCGUUGGACGCCGAAUGAAAUUUAAAUCGUGCAAUACUGAACCGUGUGCCAAGCAAAAGAAAGACUUUAGGGAAGAGCAGUGUGCAGACUUUGAUGGGAAGCAUUUUAAUAUUAACGGACUACCUCCUAAUGUGCGCUGGGUUCCAAAAUAUAGCGGAAUAUUAAUGAAAGAUCGGUGCAAGCUUUUUUGCCGUGUAGCAGGAAGUACGGCCUAUUACCAACUCAGGGACAGAGUCGUUGACGGAACAUCAUGUGGGCCAGACACUAAUGAUAUCUGUGUGCAAGGAUUGUGUCGGCAAGCUGGAUGUGACCAUGUCUUAAAUUCGAAAGCCAGAAGAGAUAAAUGCGGUGUCUGUGGAGGGGACAAUUCCUCUUGCAAAACUAUUGCUGGAACAUACAAUAUUGUACAUUACGGCUACAAUACUGUUGUUCGAAUUCCAGCUGGUGCUACGAAUAUCGAUGUGCGACAGCACAGUUACUCAGGGAACCAGAAGACGACAACUACCUGUAACUAUAUAGCUUUGUCAAACAGCCAAGGAGAAUUUCUCCUAAAUGGUGACUUUGUGGUUAGUAUGUUUAAAAGAGAAAUCAAAGUAGGAAACGCUGUGAUUGAAUACAGCGGCUCAGACCACGCGGUUGAAAGAAUAAACUGCACGGAUAGAAUUGAGCAAGAAAUUGUGCUUCAGAUUUUAUCGGUUGGUAAUUUGUAUAACCCUGAUGUUCGAUUUACGUUUAAUAUUCCAAUUGAGGAUAAACCGCAGCAAUUCUUCUGGAAUCCGUAUGGGCCAUGGCAGACGUGCAGUAAGCUUUGCCAAGGUGAACAAAAAAAGAAACCUGUAUGUACGAGAGAAUCUGACCAACUGGUUGUCUCUGAUCAAAGAUGUGAUCGAAUUUCUCAACCUACACCAAUUACUGAGCCAUGUAACACAGAAUGUGAACUAAGGUGGCACGUAGCCAGAAAGAGUGAAUGCACUGCGCAGUGUGGUAUAGGUUUCCGUUUACUGGACAUUUACUGUGCAAAGUACAUUAGGGUUGAAGGAAAGACGGAAAAGGUAGAUGACCGAUUCUGCAGCGGUCUGCAAAAGCCAAGCAGUAAAGAAAAAUGUACUGGGGACUGUAACACAGGAGGUUGGCGAUAUUCAGCAUGGUCAGAUUGCUCAAAAAGUUGUGGUACGGGGACAAGAAGACGCAGAGCCAUGUGUGUAAAUGCCGUUAAUGAACUGUUGGAUGACAUCAAAUGUAGUCAGCAGGAAAAGCUCACAGAGCAACGGUGUAGUGACUUCCUGUGCCCACAGUGGAAGACAGGUGAUUGGUCAGAUUGCCUGGUAACUUGUGGAAAAGGACAUAAACAUCGUCAGACCUGGUGUCAGUUUGGAGAAGAACGAUUAAACGAUAGAUUUUGUGAUGCAGAGUCUAAGCCCGUUUCUGUUCAAGGGUGUCAGCAGCAGGAAUGUGCGUCGUGGCAAGUCGGGCCUUGGGGACAGUGUACAGCAACAUGUGGUUCAGGAUACCAGAUGCGGGCAGUGAAAUGUGUUGUAGGAUCUUACAUGGCAAUGGUUGAUGACAAUGAAUGUAAUGCAGCAACCCGACCUACAGAUGCACAAGACUGUGAGGCAGCUCCGUGCCCGGGCAUUCCUGAAACAAAACAAAUAGCUCACAGCAGGACUCAGUGGAGGUUUGGAUCCUGGACUCCUUGCUCAUCAAGCUGUGGAAAAGGAACCAGAAUGAGAUACGUCAGUUGCCGUGAUGAUCAAGGCUCAGUUGCUGAUGAGACUGCUUGUUCUAACCUUCCAAAACCGUCAGCAACAGAAGUGUGUACGGUGGCCCCCUGUGGUCAGUGGAAAGCAUUGGAGUGGAGCUCUUGUUCUGUCACUUGUGGUCAAGGGAAGGCAACACGGCAAGUGGUCUGCUUAGAUUACAAUGAUCACAUGGUUGACAGGAAUGAAUGUGACCCUGAGGAUCUUCCUACAAUGGAGCAAGACUGCUCUAUGUCAUCGUGCCAUCACCCAAAUCACGAGUAUGACAGGCCAAAUGUAGAUCCCCGGAUAAGGUCCCAGCCAACGCUUUUGAACAGGAACAACGGCCGAUUACAAUCAGCAAAUGGGAACCAAUGGAGAAUAGGACCCUGGGGAGCAUGCUCCAGUACCUGUGCCGGUGGAUUCCAACGCAGAGUUGUCGUUUGCCAAGAUGAAAAUGGUUAUCCAGCAAGUCACUGUGAGGAGAGAAACAAACCUGUUGAACAAAGGUCCUGCGAAUCUGGGCCGUGUCCUCAAUGGGUGUUUGGCAACUGGGGAGAGUGUUCCAAAAAAUGUGGUUCUGGAACAAGGACAAGACUAGUAGUUUGUCAGCGGCCCAAUGGGGAACGUUUUAAUGAUCUUAGCUGUGAAGUCCUUGAGAAACCGCCAGACCGCGAACAGUGCAACACACACAGCUGUCAUACUAAAGUUGCCUGGAACACUGGACCAUGGAGUUCGUGUUCCUCCUCCUGUGGACGUGGUUCUAAAUCAAGAGCUGUAUACUGUGUGACAACUGAGGGCACUCAUAUUGAACAUGAUAACUGCAAGCACCUCGCUAAGCCAAACAUGCAGAAGAAAUGCCGAGGUGGAAGGUGUCCGAAAUGGAAAGCCGGAGAGUGGGGGAAGUGUUCAGUUACAUGUGGAAGAGGAAUUCAGCAGCGAGAUGUCCGCUGUCAGGUCGGUGCCCAGAAGGUAUUGAGGGAUUCUGAGUGUGUUCAGUUUGCGCGGCCCUCAUCAGAACAGCUCUGCCAAGCGGCAAAUUGUCCAGUUUAUACUUGGAAAGCAGAAUCAUGGCAAGAAUGCAGCAAGACGUGUGAUGAGGGACUAAGGUAUCGAAAAGUCCUUUGUGUAAAUGAGGAUAAAAAAGAGGUACCAGACUUAAAUUGUGAGUCAAUCAAAAAACCAGCAGAUGUAGAAAACUGCAAUUUACAGUCAUGUGAAUUCAUCUGGAUUACCGGAGAAUGGUCAGAGUGCUCCGUUACAUGUGGUAAAGGGUACAAGCAGAGACUCGUAUCUUGUAGUGAAGUGUACUCUGCAAAGGACCAUUAUGAGUAUGGAUAUCAAAGCUCAGCAAAUUGCCAUGGCACCCAACCACUAAAUGUCCAAAGCUGUUACCUUGGAGAAUGUCCAAUAUCUACUUCUUGGAGAGUUGGUAACUGGGGAAAAUGCUCUGUUACUUGUGGGGCAGGUGUCAUGCAGCGCUCAGUGCAGUGCUUAACCAACGAAGAUCAACCAAGUAACUUGUGUGCUAUGAACCAGAAACCUGAAGAGAAGAAGACUUGCUAUAAUAUCCAUGAAUGUGAUCUACCAACAAACUGUCAAGAUGUAAAAAUACGAAAAAGUAUCGAUGAGGAUGGAGAACAUUACAUUAUCGUUAAUGAGAAAGUGAUAAAGGUGUACUGCGCUGGAAUGCAAACAGAAAACCCCAAAGAGUAUGUGACUCUUGCUAAUGAUGUUUCUGAAAACUUUUCAGAAGUUUAUGGCUACAGAUUACACAACCCAACUGAAUGUCCAUAUAAUGGAAGCAGACGAGAAGACUGUCAGUGCCGAAAAGAUUAUACAGCAGCAGGCUUCUCCGCCUUCAGUAAAGUGAGGCUGGAUUUGGACACUUGGCAGAUUAUAACCACUGAUCUGCAGUUUGCACAAACUCACGAUGGGCGUCCUGUUCCCUUUGCCACAGCUGGAGAUUGUUACAGCGCAGCUAAGUGCCCUCAGGGGAGAUUUAGCAUCAACCUUUCAGGAACUGGUCUUUUAAUAUCUGAAGCAACAAAAUGGAUUUCACAAGGGAAUUACGCAGUGACUGAAAUAAAAAAAUCAGCCGAUGGAACCAAAGUUACAGGGAAAUGUGGUGGUUACUGUGGAAAAUGUACUCCGUCCUCUACAACUGGUCUUAGUGUUCAACUGUUAUAAAAUUGGUACGUUGUUAUGCCCUGUCAUUCUGAGCUCAAGACAAUAUAGUGUAACAAUUAAAAAGUAAUAUUGUUCAAGUAAUGUCAAUGAUAAAUGUGAUGCUGAUAUUCUCUUCUGAAACA